CCCGGAUCCCUUCCGUGCUCUGCUGCCACCCCCAAAUCUCCUCCCCACUCCCGAAUCAAAUCCCCCGUCACCUCCGCCACCACCCCACCCCACCUAUCCCCACCGCCGGCGCGAGUACGGGAGCGCGAGCGCGAGCGCGAGCGGAGCGAUGGCCGGCGCGGGAUCCUCGUCGGGCGGCUCGGGCGGCGGCGGGGGGAGGGAGGGCGACUGGGACUGCGGCGGCUGCGGCAACCGCAACUACGCCUUCCGCUCCCUCUGCAACCGCUGCAAGCAGCCGCGCCUCCUCGUCGACCCCAACACCCCGCGCGACUCCAAGUGGCUCCCCCGCGCCGGCGACUGGAUCUGCAACGGUUGCAGUAACAAUAAUUAUGCAUCCAGAAAGAACUGCAAGAAGUGCAACCUGCCCAAGGAGGAAGCAGCGAUGCCGCAGUUAUCAAUGGGAGGAAUGAUGCCAGCCUAUGCAGAUUAUAUGGCCAGGGUACAGGAGAUUGCCAAUGCUGGGUAUAAGAUGAACUUUGGCAAUCCAGCUGUGCAGCAGCAGCUACUCGCAAACGCAAACUGGCCCUAUGGGAUGGCUGGUAGAUAUGGUAUGCAAUCGUCUGCUUGGCCGUUCGCCGGCAACAGCACAAAUCAGUUUCAAGGUGUUCCAAAGGACUGGCGUAGUGGUGACUGGCUCUGCAGCUGUGGAUUCCAUAACUAUUCAUCUCGUGCUCAGUGCAAAGAGUGUAAUGCACCUGUCCCAUCAGGCAUGGCCUCUACAACCAUGAAAUCCACAGGAGCAGAUAGUUCUUCAACAUUAGGUAAUAAGCGUUUGGCAUCAGAGGAGCUUGCUAAUGACUGGGAUAAUAAAAGGCUAAAUCCAGGAAAUGCUAAUUAUCCACUUUCAGCAGCAGGCUCAGAUAAUUUAUUUAUGGGUCAAGGUGCUGGAAACAAUAAUGGCCAGACAACUUAUUCUGCAUAUGACAAUGGAAACUCAAUGGCAUCUGGACAAAUUCCAGGGAUGUCUGGUGUAGUUGGUAAAGGAGCAAAAUGGCGUGAAGGAGACUGGUUGUGCACCAACUGCAGCAAUCAUAACUACGCAUCUCGUGCAUUUUGUAACAGAUGCAAAACUGCGAAAGAGUCUUCGGUUCAUCCGGGUGCGCUAUAAUAAUAGCUUUGCUUGUACUUUUGCGACCAAGUUAUUGAAGCGGGUGUGGAGUCUCCUGGUUCUGCCGCGGCUGAUCGGUCGCUGCCGUCGCCAGGAUUGUUGUUAUGUUUGUGGUUUGGCCCUGCAGUACUUAUGCUGCUGUUAAAAUUGUUCUGUCUGAAUCUAAUAUUGUUUGUGGGAGUUUGCAUUUGUCUACGCCGAGCACUAGAAUAAAACGUUUCCUGUAUGUCGAAGUGUACCAUCUGUUUUUUGUUUUUGUGUGUGCGUGUGCAACGAUUUGAUUUGUUCUUCAGUACCUCAACAGCUAUGAUGUAAUGUAAUGCUGGAUCUAUUUCAUGUGGCAAUGCUGGAUUUUAUUGUUUUA